ACCUGCCAGUCCCAGCUCUACAAUAGGAUUGCAGGGCCAUCCUGCCCUGACUUUAAAAGUCACCUUUCCGUCCUGCAUCUGGGGUUCUUACGCUUUAGGCUUCUUUCCAGAGGUCUGAGAGCAUACCCUGUAGCAGGUGGCCAGUCUGGCUAACUUCAUGCGGCAAGGGGGAGUCCACACUCAGGGACGCAACUGAAACUUCUUCAACAUCCUCUCCCUCCUAAAAAAUAAUUUAGAGAUUUUAAUCUUUCCCAGAAACCACUGAAAAUAUCCGCGAAAAAGGAUGCACUAAAGUUUCCUCCUAGCCUCCAGAGAAAAUGGAUUCUUAGAGUCACUGCGAUUACAAAGGCGGUCAAGUCCGGUGGGCGCGCCCUGAGGUGGAGAGUUUCCUUGGCAACCGAGUGCAAGCUCACACCCACGUCCAGAGGAAGACUGUUCCUCUGCGCAGCAGCUGGAUCAAAGAAGACUGGAAACAUGUCGGAGUUUUGGUUAAUUUCUGCCCCGGGAGAUAAGGAAAAUUUACAAGCCCUGGAGAGGAUGAACACAGUUACCGCCAAGUCCAACCUGUCUUAUAACACCAAAUUCACAAUUCCUGACUUCAAGGUGGGGACCUUGGAUUCCCUUGUCGGCCUCUCUGAUGAGCUGGCGAAGCUCGAUAUCUUUGCUGAAAGUCUCAUAAGGAGAAUGGCCCAGAGCGUGGUGGAAGUGAUGGAAGACGCCAAGGGGAAGGUCCAGGAGAACCUUCUGGCCAACGGAGGUUUGAAAGAAAAAAUGAAGUGUUUAAAGAUUGACCUAACGUCCUUUGUGACCCACUUCGAAUGGGACAUGGCCAAAUAUCCUGCAAAGCAGCCGCUGGUGAGCGUGGUGGACACUCUGGCAAAGCAACUGGCACAGAUCGAGACAGACCUGAAGUCCCGAACGGCUGCCUAUAACACUCUGAAGACAAACCUAGAGAAUCUGGAGAAGAAAUCCAUGGGAAACCUCUUCACUCGGACCCUGAGCGACAUUGUGAGCAAAGAAGACUUUGUGCUGGAUUCCGAGUACCUGAUCACACUGUUGGUCAUUGUCCCCAAACCAAGUUACGUACAAUGGCAGAAAACCUACGAAUCCCUCUCAGACAUGGUCGUCCCACGGUCAACCAAGUUGAUCGCUGAGGACAAGGAGGGCGGCCUCUUCACCGUGACUCUGUUUCGAAAAGUGAUCGAUGAUUUCAAAACCAAAGCCAAAGAGAAUAAGUUCACUGUACGAGAAUUUUACUAUGAUGAAAAAGAAAUUAAAAGGGAAAGGGAAGAGAUGACCCGAUUGCUGUCGGAUAAGAAGCAACAAUAUCAAACUUCCUGUGUUGCUCUUAAAAAGGGAUCAUCCACCUUCCCGGACCACAAGGUUAAGGUAACCCCGCUAGGGAACCCCGAUAGGCCCACUGCGGGGCAGAGCGACAGAGAGAGAGAGAGUGAGGGCGAGGGUGAGGGCCCGCUGCUGCGAUGGCUCAAGGUCAACUUCAGCGAAGCCUUUAUUGCCUGGAUCCACAUCAAGGCGCUGAGAGUGUUUGUGGAGUCUGUGCUCAGGUAUGGACUGCCAGUGAACUUCCAGGCGGUUCUCCUCCAGCCUCAUAAGAAGUCAUGCACCAAACGUUUACGAGAGGUUCUGAACUCCGUCUUCAGGCAUCUGGAUGAAGUUGCAGCUGCAAGUAUAUUGGAUGCAUCCGUGGAGAUCCCUGGACUCCAACUCAGCACCCAAGACUACUUUCCUUACGUCUACUUCCACAUCGACCUUAGUCUUCUCGAUUAGAAAGAUGAGCUGGUGCCGCUAAACUUGAGUAUUCGUGCGAACUACUACAGAUGCUUCCUUCCUUUAGCCAGAGAACAAUUUUAAGUAUCCUACAGAAUUUAGAUUUUUAGAGAAAUUGCUCACGAAGAUUAGUGACAGUUGUAUUUAUUUUUUGUAAGUUACAAUAAAGAAAUGUUCUCAGUCCUUUGAA